GCACGAAUCUCGAAGUGGCGGUAGGUGAUUAUUCUUUCGGCCGAAGGAGAGAAACCCUGCCCUUGCUUUCGACGGUCUGCCGCAGGUGCUUACGUUUCGCCGUCGAUCCCCACCACUUGGCCUCUUUCUCCAUAUAUACGCGAGGUUCCGCAAGAAUACCGAACAGCGGGAGCGAGAUCGAGCGAGGAGAGAGCAGAAAGAAGGAUGAGUGGGAGUGGGAAGGUGGUGUGCGUGACCGGUGCGUCCGGCUACAUCGCUUCCUGGCUCGUCAAGCUUCUCCUUCAGCGCGGAUAUACUGUGCGCGCCACCGUCCGGGAUCUUGCUGACCCGAAGAAAACUGAGCAUUUGCAUGCCUUGGAAGGAGCCAAUGAGAGAUUGCACUUGUUUAAAGCAAACUUGUUGGAAGAGGGCUCUUUUGAUUCAGUGGUUGAGGGGUGUGAGGGUGUGUUUCAUACAGCAUCUCCUUUCUAUCACGAUGUCACAGAUCCACAGGCGGAGUUAAUCGACCCAGCAGUGAAGGGAACACUCAAUGUUUUCAGUUCCUGCAUUAAAACUCCUGUUAAAAGGGUGGUCGUAACAUCAUCGAUGGCUGCUGUUGCAUUUAAUGGAAGACCACGAACACCUGAUGUGGUAGUUGAUGAGACAUGGUUUUCUAGUGCAGAGGUUUGUAAGCAGGCCAAGUUGUGGUAUGUACUCUCGAAGACAUUGGCAGAGGAGGCUGCUUGGAAGUUUUCAAAGGAUAAUUCUAUUGACAUGGUAACAAUAAACCCGGCAAUGGUCAUAGGUCCUCUUCUGCAACCUACUCUAAAUACGAGUGCUGCUGCAAUCCUGAACUUGAUAAAUGGAUCUUGUACAUAUCCAAAUACAACUUUCGGGUGGGUCAAUGUGAAAGAUGUUGCCAUGGCACAUAUUCUGGCAUUUGAAGUUCCCUCAGCAAGUGGAAGAUAUUGUUUAGUUGAAAGAGUUGCUCACUAUGCACAGCUUGUGAAGAUUUUGCAUGAACAAUAUCCUGCUCUUAAACUGCCAGAGAAGUGCGCGGAUGACAAGCCCUUUGUGCCAAUAUAUCAGGUCUCAAAGGAAAAGGUGAAAAGCUUAGGCAUUGACUACAUUCCUCUAGAGACAAGCAUCAAGGAGACUGUCGAAAGCUUGAGGGAGAAGGGGUUUGUGAGUUUUUAAAAAUUGGCAGUGGCAAAUUAAAGCUCACCCAAUUAGUUGGGACAAUACUUAAUGGCAUUACAAAGACAUCAAGAUGCUUUAGCUCCACCGAACCUAGAGAACUUUCCACUUUGUUUUUUGCAAUUGUGCAACCUUUGCUUGCGCAGACAUUUUCUAGAAGAUAUUUUCAUGUCUACCAUGUUUCAUUAUGUUUCUAUGCCUGAUGGUGGUGUUUCUCGGACCAUUUAUAGGCUAAAAUAAUGUAGUAUGUAUUGAAUUCUCAUCGACUUUCCUACACUUCCUAUGACUGAAAGAAUGCCAUGCUAUGCCUUCUCUCUUCAAUGCAAAGGUUUCUAUGACAAUAUUGUCAUUAAAGAAUCA